AUGCGUACACCAACUCGAAAAGCGACCAUUAUUUUCGUUGGCAUCUUACUUUUAUUUUUAUUGUCUUUUGUUUCCGCAGAAAUAGAUAAAAGAGCUGAUGAUGGAAAUGCAAAACAACCAGCAGCUGAUGAACCAAAAGACCCAGCAACAGGAGGAAAACAACCGGCUAAAGAUCCAGCUGAUGGAGCAAAAGACCCAGCAGCUGGAGGUAAACAACCAGCAGCGGGAGGUAAACAACCAGCGGCGGGAGGUAAACAACCAGCAGCGGGAGGUAAACAGCCUGCAGCAAAUGGAACGGAUGAAACACCACCAUAUGUUGACCCUUUAAUGCCAACAGUACAAGUUCAAAUAACUGAACCAAAAUCAGCAAAAAAUAUAUUAUAUAAAAUAGGAUCAAAUAUUACAUUUGAAUGGAAAUAUAGUGCUAAUUUCAGUGUUAAACCAAAAUACCUUAUUGUUAAGGCGCAACCAAGUGUAAACCUAAAAACUUUUUAUACAAUAGCACAAAAUCUUACAGUUAAUGAAACGCAACAAGUGAUUUGGGAUACUUCUGCUGAAAGUUCUUCUUUACCUAUGUCUCAAUAUAAAUUAUUGAUCUCUGAUGAAGAAGGUAUGGAUGCGGCUCCUAAACCUGGUGGUCUUCAACCCUUUGCAAAUUUAAUAUUUGGCUUAUAUCAAUCACAAGAAGAUGACCCAUUUUCUUGUCCAAGCUGUAAUAAUAAUGCUGCUAAUUCAUUCCAAAUAAUUCCAUUAUUAAAUACUAUUGGUUUAACUCUAAUUACAAUCAUGUCAUUUAAUUUUGAAGUUGACAAUGAACAAUAG